AUGUCUACGAUAUCUUCUCCGCGCCCGUCCAUUGCGUCUUCGCGGGCGGUUUCUCCUGCCCCGCCAUCAUCCCGCCCGUCCCUAGAUACGCUGAACACGAACGUGGGCGGCGGCCUCAGUGCCUCUUCCACCCCAUCCACUGCCCGCGCCAUCUCACCAAACCCCCGACGAAACCGCUCAGCUUUGCGAGAUUAUUAUAACCUUAAACCACCUGGUGCCGACUUAGCUAGUGCUGGAUCAAUCUCUCGGUCUCGCAGCGUACCCCGAAACACCGAUGCCGGCGAUAUCUCGAACCCCACGGCUUUGAGCUCAGGGACAGAGCUCGAUAAUGCCGACUUCGAUCCGCAGCGCUACGUGGACCAUCUGCUCUCGACCUCAUCACUAUCCACGAUCCUGAAAGCAGAAAAUACACUCGUGGGAGACAUUCGUACCCUGGAUGGAGAGCGCAAAGCGCUCGUCUACGAUAACUACUCCAAAUUGAUUCGCGCAGUCGAGACGAUUGGCAAGAUGCGGAAGAGUAUGGAUGACCGUGGUGCACCGUUAACGAUGACCAAGACUCUGGGACCGGCUAUUGCGUUCGUGGCGGAGACAGCAGGGGGUCUUAUUAAGGAGGGAGAGGAGCAGCGAAAGAGGAUCAAAGAGGCACGAGAAAAUGAGCCGGUACCGGAGAAGACGGCUGAAAGGGACACUGUGAGGUGGGUGCUCGCAGCGCCUGAGCGACUGGGAGCUCUUCUGGAACAAGGCCGACGUGAGGAUGCGGAGAAGGACUGGAAGGAGGUUCAGGAACUUCUUGAUGCCUGGAGUCAGGUUAAGGGUGUUGCUGAGAUCCGAGAGUCAUGUGAGAAGGCUAUGAGCCAGAGCCAAGAGGACUGA